AUGCUCUCGGACGGCUUAGUCUCUCUCCAUGACAGAAGUGUACAGCAGCCAUUCGUGUCUUGGCCUACGGUACUGCAGCUGAUGCUGUUGACGAAUACCUCCGACUCGGUGCAACGACAGCUCGGUUAUGACCAGAAAUGGUGUGAAGUUGCUAGUAGCAGGCGCGAUGUAAGUGGUAAGAAGAGAAAGUGUGAUGAUGGAGCACAAUCAGAAAGCUCUCAAGCAACUUACAACCUCGGUGAUGAACCAACUAACCGACCUCCUGGCGUUAAGGCAGCCAAAAGAGCCUCUGGUAAGAGAAGCAUCGCAGAUAGCCUGUCAGCCUCUGAGUAUCAGACCAUGUGGUCUAUUAAAGAGAGAGACUUGGCAGCGAAGGAGAGACUUUCGAAGAUGGCUUUGCUUGACAGGCUCAUUGGCAAGAAAGAUCCUCUAACUGAAUAUGAAGAAGCGCUAAAGAAUAAGCUAAUUUCAGAGAUGUUGGGAUAA